AUGUCGCGCUACAGCUGCAAUUCUCGCACCGGCGCUCUGCUACACAUACUGCCUGCCUGCGGUAUGUCGGACUACGACAUCCUUGUCCCUGAGACUCUCCUCAAGAAGCGCAAGAGCCAGGAGAAGGCCCGCGCUGAGCGCAACGCCGCCAACGAGGAGAAGAAGACCUCCAACAAGGAGAAGCGCCAGAUCCUCUUCAAGCGCGCCGAGAAGUACGUCCAGGAGUACCGUGAGGCAGAGCGCGAGAAGGUCCGUCUUAACCGCGUCGCCCGCGAGAAUGACUCGGCCUACGUUCCCGCCGAGUCCAAGUUGAUCUUCGUCAUCCGCAUCAAGGGUAUCAACAAGAUCCCCCCCAAGCCCCGCAAGAUCCUCCAGCUCCUCCGUCUCCUCCAGAUCAACAACGGUGUCUUCAUCCGGGUCACCAAGGCCACCACCGAGAUGAUCAAGGUUGUCGAGCCCUGGGUCGCCUACGGUUACCCCAACCUCAAGUCGGUCAAGGAGCUCAUCUACAAGCGCGGCUAUGGCAAGAUCAACAAGCAGCGCAUCCCCCUGACCGACAACGCCCUCAUCGAGGAGAACCUCGGCAAGUACGGCAUCAUCUGCAUGGAGGACCUCAUCCACGAGAUCCACACAGUCGGCCCCAACUUCAAGCAGGCCUCCAACUUCCUGUGGCCCUUCAAGCUCAGCAACCCCACUGGCGGCUUCCGCACCCGCAAGUUCAAGCACUUCAUUGAGGGUGGUGAUCUCGGCAACCGUGAGGAAAAGAUCAACGCUCUCAUCCGCCAGAUGAACUAG